GCCGUCGUAACUAUAGCUGCACGGCACAUUGUUUUUUGAUAGUGAACAAAGUCUCAUUUCAUUAUUCUGAAGAUGAUUGUUUAUCUGAUAAGCAUCUUUCUGAUGGUUAGUCCUCUUGGAGCACAAUAUCCGAGGAUAGGCCGCUGUCCAGAAGUCAAAGGGGUUCCAAACUUCAAACCGGAGCAAUUCACGGGCCCGUGGCAUGUCAUAUCUCAUAACAAAAAUGAAUUGUACGAAGCAGGGCAUAAGUGUUCACGAUGGAAUUACGAAAAAGAUGGAAAUGACAUUGGCAAACUCAACUUUAAUGCACUGCUUGCUAAUUCAGGGGCUAAAGUAUCCUGGGAAGGCAAAGCAACUCCCAUCGGGAAUGCACGAUCACCCAACUUCGACAUCGUGUUCCCAAGACCCUCCCUUGGCACCACAACCAACUUCACGAUUUUGUCAACAGAUUACGACAAUUUUGCCGUACAGUGGGCCUGCCAGAAUUUUGGAAAUGUGAGCUUGCAGUACGUAUGGAUCUUAGCUAGGAAGCCUCUGCCUGAUCGUCUCUUCGAAAACCCGGCUCAACGUUUCCUUGAUCGAUUUGUUCAUAUACCAAAAUCUGAAAUCGUUCAGGUUGAUCAACAGGAGUGCCCGAAACAGUAAUCGAUAAGAAUUGCAAAAAUUCAGUGACAUGCUCAAAAUUACUAAAUUUUAUGAUUCUGAUGUGCAAUGAGAUGACCCACGAAGGCAAAAUUUUGUUACAAAGGUUAGUUCCGAUUUGAACUCCCGACGGGUGGUAAUUUCAAACGAUAUCAAUUCAGUGGAAUGUAAUGUUUUUCCUGUAUGAAAUAAAAUAUCGCCUAUUGAUUUGCGAA